AUGUCCUUCACUUCGUUCCGGAACGCCAUCUAUAUCACUUUCGAGAUGGGUCGAUUCGCGGACACGGAUUUCUACUCAAAUGUCAAUUAUUCGGCUCAACGAACCUUCAGAUCUUCAAAACGCCAUCUUGUGUACGAUUCUGAUGAAUUCGAUCAUGGGCUUUCAGUUCUUGAUCGUGAUGCUGCUUCGUUCCGUACCACGGUCACGCCAUCGCACCCUCAAGGUCCAUCUUCCCAGACCUCCAAAACGCCUGCUUGUUGGAUCUUAACCGGCCGCGCGCCAGUGGGAAGUCGAAAAACUGAGGACGACAAGCGAUCGAGCUGGGAAUCUGCAAGGCUGUGA